AUGGGAUGGGUGCGGUGGAUAGGGGCUUGCGUUUGCGUGCGACCGGCCGGCCGGCCACCGGCCUCGGUGACCGCGCUCCAGAAAUACUGGCGCGCCGCCCCCAGCCCAUGCCGCCAUGCGUGGCGGGCGAAGGCGCGAGUGCGCAGCCCACGCGGCGGCCAUGCGCGCCCGCCCCGUCUGCCCGCCUCGCGUCACCGGAUAAGGGAGCCCCACUCCUCCCCCGCUCCCGGAUCGCCGCGAGUUCGCUUUUGACUUUGCCGCCCGCCCGCCCGCGCGCGCGCCCAUCCCCCUCCUCUCGCGCCAGCAAAAAUGUGGACGAGGGCGUCGUGAUCUGAUCGCCCUCAACUGAACGGAAGGAGGAGUCCCAAGGAAAGUGGCGACCUGCCUGCCAAGAGUCUCUCCGCGGUAAGGGCGAAAGAGAAUCAGCAAGAGUGAUAUGCUCGCCAUUAUUCGCUAUCUGGAACUCAAAUGGAGGACUAUUUUGAGCGCAUCCUAAACCUUGCUUGGCAGUUACGACAACACUUGACACAAUUCAUAGAAAAUGUGUUUGGGUGCAUUGAUUGGAUUCCUCAACGGCAUGAAGUCCAAUUCUCUGCUUACUAUGGAGGAUCAUUGCCUGACACUGGAAGAUAUGUUCAUGGACAGAGUUCUGCGUUGUCCAUUAGCAAUACCACAGAAGAGUUAUCCAUUAGUAGUACUACAGAAGAACAGGCUGCACAUAGGAUAUCUGAGAUCACAAUUUUCAGAAAUGGUGUAUCCGGAAUUUGUCAAAGAUCAUAUGCUAGCUGGUCAUCCUAUAUUUUGCGUGGCUAUAGAUUGGGGGAAAGAUUGGCACUCCAUUUGCGAGGGCUGUGCAGUCUCUUUGUAAAUGAGAUUAAUACCAAACUAACCAGGUCCUUGCACCGUUUCUGGACAACAUUACAAGGCUCUUCUGAAGAUAUAGGGUGGUUGCAAAGAACUCAAAUGUCGCUUUAUUCAGUUGAUGGCACAUCUCGCUUUCAGGAGCUUUUGCAUGAUGUCAGAAAUGGCAUGCAUUACCUGCCUGAUACACUGGUUUACUUGCUCAUCCCUGGCCUUUUUAGCAACCACAGUCCACUUUACUUUCUCAACACUAAAAGAUUCUUUUCAAGGAUGGGGCUUACUUGCCAUAUUGCAAAGAUUCAUAGUGAGGCAUCAGUGGAGAAAAAUGCACGGGAACUGAAACUAUACAUCGAGGAGCUCUACUGGGGAUCUGGCAAACAGGUUUUGCUCCUCGGACAUAGCAAGGGCGGAGUCGAUGCGGCUGCCGCACUCUCGUUGUACUGGUCCGAGCUCAAGGGCAAGGUUGCCGGUCUGGCACUGGUUCAGAGCCCGUAUGGAGGCACCCCAGUGGCUUCCGACAUCCUUCGAGAAGGCCAGAUCGCUGACAGGGAGACGAGGAGGAUCAUGGAACUGAUAGUGUGCAAACUUAUCAAGGGCGACAUGAGAGCUCUGGAGGAUCUCACGUACGACAAGAGAAAGGACUUCAUUUCCAGGCACAGGCUCCCGGUGGACGAGCUGCCGAUCAUCUCCUUCCACACGGAGGCCAGCACUGCCCCGACGGUGCUCGCGACGCUGACCCGCAUCGCCCAGGCCGAGCUCCUCCCGCUGCUCGCGGUGGCACCCCUGCCACGCUUCCUGUCCGAGUAUGCAGAGUCAUUGCUCGCUUCUCUGAAGCUGCCCGUGGUGAUGCCGGUGUCGGCCGCGAUGGCGGUCACCGCGCUCCACCUGCGGCUGCGGUACGGGGAGAGCAGCGACGGCCUAGUGACGCGGCGCGACGCUGAGGUGCCGGGGUCCGUGGUGGUGCGGCCCGAGCGGAGGCUGGACCACGCGUGGCUGGUGUUCUCGACACGGAGCAGGCGCCGGGCCGAGGCCGACGCCACCCAGGUGUGCGAGGCCCUGCUGGCCAUGCUCGUCGAGAUCGGCGGCAAGAGACGCCGCUGCCUCAUCGAGGAGAUCGUUACUUGAAUUAUCAUUUCUCUCUCUGCUUGUUUGUUGAGCUAGAACUUUCGAUAUGGAGUACAAUUACAGAUUUUUUUUUACAGCAACAAGACUUUAUUUCUCAAA